AUGGGCAUCGUACAAUAUCUUCAUGUGGUGCUGUUUGUAUUGAACUUCACUCUCCACACUGUGGCACAGACAGCAGUAAAUUGUCAAAACUUCAAGUUUGUUAUCGAUGAAAAUGUCUCCUACAACCACAUUUUUGAGGGUCACGUAUUUCGAAGAUUGACAGUCUGUGGCGCCGCUCAGUGUCACGUGAAGUGUAAAGAUGACUGCUUGUGUGUCUCCAUGAAUUAUUUUCCACAGUCUCGUGAAAAUAACUGUGAGCUUAAUGAUGCUAACAAAGACAUGGAGCCAGCGGCAAUGAAAUGGAGGAAAGGAGGGAAUUAUUAUGAUUUAGUGAGAAAUUUCACGGUAAAGGUUAGCUAAAAUUGUUUAUAUAUAACUUUCUUCCCCGGCACAUGAAUUGGUUAAGUAACAGCUCAGACAUUUAUCCUUUCACUCAUCCUUUAUUCAUGCAGGUUGCUCAGAUGCAUGCAUUAACUAAAUUCAAUGGGCUUCCAUAGUAAAAGGCAUCAAAAGAAAUCGUAGGCUAAUGAAAUGCUAAAUUUUGCUGUAGGGUGGAGACAAAGACAUCUCGGGGAAGCAUCGCUGCAUCAACAGAUGCUGCAGACCCAAUCCUUGUCUCAACGGAGGGGUAUGUCAGGAGAUCUGUGACACCCACGGCAUCCGCUUUUCUUGUGGCUGUCCCAACAAAUAUACUGGUCAGCGGUGUGAGAGGACAAAGCUGAAGAGUUGUGAGGACAUCGUCAAGUACGGUGCCUUGACAUCAGGAGAAUACGAGAUCUUUAAUUCAAACAAUGACCCGUUUUCUGUUUACUGUGACUUGCAGUCUGAACCAAGUUUUGUAUGGACACUGAUACAAUCGUUUUCCUUGGCUAAAAAAGAUACCUUUGAGAAUAAACCUUUUGGCGUAAAUUUUGAGAUUAAUAAUGACAAAAAAAAAAGUGGAUUGGAACGGGUACCGAUUAUCCUUAUCACAGAUGAAGUCUCUUGCUGA